CCGCGUCUGCCCGGCGCGUGGUCCCCGCCCGCCGGAUGUUGACGGCGUCGCCUAGCAACGGGAGAUGGCGGAGCCGGGUGACCAGGACGGCGGGUCUCAGCAGGAAAGCAAGUCAGCUGUUGAAGGCGGGGAGGCCGGGAAUCAUGAAGGCGACAGGGUAUCACCCACCGGGAAGACCAGUGACCAAAACACUGAUGAGGCUGCUAGUGCCACAGAGCUCUCUGAAGAGGAAAUCACGGCCCCUGGGGAAGUCACAAGUGAAGGAGAAAUUGAAAUUGAGGGGGAAAUCGAAGCUGAGGGGGAGGUGGAAGCUGAAGAAGUGGAAAUUGAUGGAGAAGGAGAAAGGGAAGAGGAAUUCGAAUUUGAAGGGGAUGAAGUCGAAUUUGAAUCUGAAGGGGAAUUUGAAUCUGAAGGGGAAUUCGAGUCUGAUAUGGAAGCCCCAUCCCCUGAAGUGAGAGUCAGUUCCUUAGAUCUGGCUCCUUCAGAAGAGGGUGCUGGGGAGGUGCCCGAAGAGGACACGGGCCCCAGCUCCUGGCAUGAGCAUGUAAGCGGGGAAGGUGUUCCGGAAGACAGAGAAGCCACCCGCCCAUCGGAAUCCAGAGACUUGAGGGACAUCUCCACGCAGCCAUCCCGGCAGGUAGUAGACUCCUCCGAGCCAGUAGGCCUGGAUGCUUCUGGAGCCCGGGCCAGCAAAUCGAAAAAGACCAGUGAAGGGCUGGAGCAGGAAGUGUUUCCUCUGGGGGUGCGACACCACCUCCGACUGAGCCAGGGAAGCAGCAUCACGUCCUCGGACUCGGAGGAGCUGCUCGUGAGCACGGAGGAGUCCUGCCUGCGGGAGCCAGGUGUCCCCCCAGAGGCGCCCGGUGCACAACCCCAGAGAGGGGCCGUCCCCGCCUUCCUGGACCGGAUCCAGCAGCUGAGCACCGGCGAAGAGGGGACCCUGGAGAGAACGGAGUCGGAGUGGAGUGACGAGGCCGAGGAAGACGGACAGCAGCUGGUGGUUCUGGACCCCGACCACCCCCUGAUGGUGAGGUUCCAGGCCGCGCUGAAGAACCACCUCAACCGCCAGAUAGAGAGUCUGAAGCUGGAGCUCCAGGAGCUGAGCGUGGCCACCAAGCAAAGCCGAGUGCAGCGGCAGGAGCUGGGCAUGGAGCUCUAUGGGGUCCAGCAGCACCUGGCGCGGCUGCAGAUGCAGCUGGAGAAGAGCCACGACCUGCACUCGGUGGCGGCCUGCGCCCGGCGGCGGAGGGAGGAGGAGCUGCAGAGCGCGCGCCUGCUCCACACCAGGACCUGUGAGGCCGCCGACAACGAGCGCAAAAAGCUGGCGGCUCUGCAGACCGAGCUGGACGGCCUGGCCCUGCACCUGUUCUACAUGCAGAACAUAGAGCAGGACGUGCGCGACGACAUCCGCGUGAUGCAGCAGGUGGUGAAGAAGUCGGAGGUGCAGCGGACGCGGGCGGAGGUGGAGAAGAAGCAGCAGGACCUGCACGUGGACCAGCUCACCAGCAGAGCGCACCGGCUGGAGGAGCAGAUCGCGCUGCUAGAGGCUCAGAGCUGCGCCCAGGCCGAGGACACGCGGGUGCUCCGGAAGGCCGUGAGUGAGGCCUGCACGGAGAUCGACACCAUCAACGUGGAGAAAAGGCGCAUCCUGCAGCAGUGGGCAGCCUGCCUGGUGGGCAUGAAGCACCGCGACGAGGCCCACAGGACCAUCCAGGAGGCGCUCAGCGAAUGCCAGCACCAGAUCAUGUCCAUCGAUGGGGAGAUCGAGGCCUACAAGAAAUCCAUCAUGGGGGAGGAAGAGAAGAACGAGAAGCUGGUGAGCAUCCUGAACCGUGCGGAGACGGAGGCCGGCCUGCUGCAGAAGCUGACCGCGCAGAGCCUGAGCAGGCAGGAGGCGCUGCAGAGCGAGUUCAACACCUACCGGCUGGCGCUGCAGGACACGGAGGACGCGCUGGGCAAGGCCCAAAUGGAGUACACGGCCAGCACGGGCGACCUGCAGUCCGUCCAGCAGACCACACGGCACGAGCUGGAGCUGAGGAGGAGGAUGGACGCCUCCAUCGUGGAGAAGCUGCAGGAGCACAUGACGUCCAACAAGAUGACCAAGUACUUCCACCAGCUCAUCCUGAAGCUGCAGAAGCAGAAGACCAACCUGGUGACGCAUCUGUCCAAAAUUGACGGCGACAUUGCUCAGACCACCCUGGACAUCACAAACACCAACUGCAGGCUGGACACGCACCAGAAGACGCUGGCCGAGCUCGACAAGGAAGUGAAGAAGGUCAAUGACCUCAUCACCAACAGCGAGAACGAGAUCUCUAGGCGCACAAUCCUGAUCGAGAGAAAGCAAGGCCUCAUCAACUUCUUCAAUAAGCAGCUGGAGCAGAUGGUUUCUGAGCUGGGGGGGGAAGAAGUGGGGCCUCUGGAGCUGGAAAUCAAAAGGCUGAGCAAGCUGAUCGACGAGAACAACACGAGCGUGACCCAGGCCCAGGUGACCUGGCUCCGCCUGCAGCAGGAGAUGGUGAAGGUCACUCAGGAGCGGGAGCAGCAGCUGGCGUCCCUGGACAUGUUCAAGAAGGAGAUGCGCAUCCUGGAGCAGAAGAAGCUGCGGAUAGAAAACAAGAUCGACCAGGAGAAGAAGGAGCAAAAGGAGAUCGAGCGCCGCAUGAAGGACCUGGACAACGACCUGAAGAAGCUCAGCGCGCUGAUGAGCAGGAACCGGAGCAGCUCCGAGGGGCUGCAGCAGGACAACCUGGUGACCGAGAAGGAGUUCGUGCGCGCGCUCAAGGCCUCGGAGAAGGAGACCAUCGAGAUGCAGGAGAGGCUGAACCAGCUGCAGGAGGAGAAGGAGGCCACGCUGAGCAACCUGGUGGAGGCGGAACACCAGAUCAUGCUUUGGGAGAAAAAAAUCCAGCUGGCAAAAGAGAUGCGGGCAUCGGUGGAUUCAGAGACCGGCCAGACAGAGAUCCGAGCCAUGAAGGCAGAGAUCCACAGGAUGAAGGUCAGGCACGGGCAGCUGCUGAAGCAGCAGGAGAAGAUGAUCCGGGACAUGGAGCUGGCCGUCGCCCGCAGAGAGACCAUCUCCACCCAGGCCAAGGGGCAGGCCAAGAUGGACAAGAAGUUGCUCACCCGGACGGGCUUCCACCACCAACAGACAGAGCUGCGACGCAAGAUCAGGGACAUUCACAAGGCCACCGAGGAGUGCACCAAAGCCAUCCUAGAACUAGAAGAAACUCAAAAGCACGUGAGCAGCUCCCUCUCGGAGAAGCAGGAACAGCUGUCGGUGAUGCAGUCCAGUACUGACGAGCUCGAGGCCCACCUGGACCGGCUCUUGGCCCUUAAGCAACAGAACCUCUCGGAGCUGGUGGCCCUGCAGACGCGGGUCAAGCACCUCCAGGCUGUGAAGGACGGGAGGUACGUGUUCCUGUUCCGCUCCAAACAGUCGCUACUGCACGAGCACAGGCGCUUGGAAAAUCGGCUGGUCGUCAUCAGCACCAUCCUCGACCAGGUGAAGAACGAGUACCCCCAGUUCCAGGCGGCCCUGCUCAAGGUCAGCCAGACCAUCGCCAGCAAGCUCCGGCCGUCCGAGUCCCCCUAGAGAGCAGCCUGGGCCCUCCCUCCCACGCCUGCUCCCCCCCACCCCUGGAAGAGACCAGAGUCUGUGUAUGGAGCCAUGCCCACCCCCAGAGACGCCCUUUCGGAGCAACAGGCCAGCGCGGCGGAUCCGGAUGCUCUCAGUCGCCCCCCCACCCCAGGCCAUUCCAACCGAGUCAACUCCCAGCGCUUCCGGGGGCACUUCGGGGAGCCUCCCACCCCACGCAGGGCGGACUCCGCGAGCCUCUGUCCCGAGAGUGCCCAGAGGGGACCGCGGCGCCGCCUCCUCGCGCCCCGGUCCCACUGGCGUCCCGGAGGAGGGCCCGACGGAGAGCGGGCGAGGGCCAGGGGCCCCAGGACGCCGCCCGUCUCCAGCUGUCCCCGCGCGGUUGUCGCCGUCGCGCGACGCCCCGCCCCGCCCCAGCACCUGCCACCCGGCGGCUUCUCGGCCGCGUCCUGGGAAAGGGCCUUCAGAACAAUUUCCAGCACGAAAAUAAAAUUCUUUUCUGAACGCGGA